GUGGGGAGAGAUAGAAAGGGAGGAAGCAGCAGCAGCACGCGAUAUAUAAACUAGCGCAUCCUCCUUUAAUGAGUCCCCGGUUCACUGAGCUCUCUCCCCGGCGGUGUGCGGUUCGGUGUGUGGGGUAACCCGGUGGUUCGGGGCUGUUUUCGGUUCUCCACCUCUUCCUUCUCUUCUCUUCUCUUCUCUUCUCUUCUCUUCUCUUCUCUUCUCCACCUCCUUCUCCUUCUUCUAGAAGCUGAAGCUCCACAGCAGCAACAGGGCAGAGAGUCACAGGAUGCCGCUGAGUGGAGCAGCAGCAGCCGCCACUGCCGCCGCCGGCGCGUCGCUCGCGGGGAGCCCCCGCCACUAGCAGCGCCGUGCCACCCGCCACCCGCCGCCGCAGGAACGGAGCGGAGAGGAGAAUAUGCAAAUGGUCCGGGAGGGAAGAAGCGCAGCCGAAUGGAGACGAUGUAGCUUCACCGCCGCGUUUCAUAUAGCUCGGAGAAACAGGGUAGGAAAUAGAUAGCUAGCCUAGCUAACGCGCUUAAUUACCGCCAUACAUGCGAAGUUACUGACCGCGCGAGAAGCUCGAGGAGCCCGCAGCUGCCUCAGGUGUAGCAGGUGAGAGAAAGCGGGGGGUUAAAGGUGUGUCUUCAGGUACCAAAGAAAGGUGAAGAGGAAAGAGCUGAAGAGGAGUCAAAUAUGCUCCGGAGGAGGAUCAAUCUGCUGUUUGGUGGGGAUGAGAAACGAGUGGACAGCAGGACCAUCUAUGUAGGACAUCGUCCUUGUCCGGCCACCGAGGCCUUCAUCCCACCCAAAUUCUGUGACAACAGAAUAGUGUCUUCCAAGUACACUAUAUGGAACUUUCUGCCAAAGAACCUGUUCGAGCAGUUCAGACGAAUCGCCAAUUUUUACUUCCUCAUUAUAUUUCUGGUUCAGGUCAUUGUGGACACGCCAACAAGCCCCGUAACCAGUGGCUUACCAUUGUUUUUUGUGAUCACAGUGACUGCCAUCAAACAGGGUUAUGAGGACUGGCUGCGGCACAAAGCGGACUAUGAGGUGAAUAAGUACCCGGUGAUCGUGUUGGAGGAUGGACGGUCAAUACGCAAGGAGAGUGAAAAAAUAAAGGUGGGUGACAUAGUGGAGGUUGUGGAGGAUGAGACCUUUCCCUGUGACCUCAUUUUGCUGCAGUCCACUCGAGACGAUGACACCUGCUUCGUCACCACAGCCAGCCUGGAUGGAGAGUCCAACCACAAAACACACUACACAGUGCCAGAUACAGAGAAAGACCUGCAGUCUCUCAACGCCACCAUCGAGUGUGAACAGCCCCAGCCUGAUCUCUACAAGUUCGUGGGCCGGAUGCACAUUUACAAGACGGAUCAGGAGCCAGCAGUAAGAUCCUUGGGCCCGGAGAACCUGCUUCUGAAAGGCGCAACUUUAAAAAACACCAAGAAGAUUUACGGAGUAGCGGUGUACACGGGCAUGGAGACAAAGAUGGCUCUCAACUACCAGGGCAAGUCUCAGAAACGCUCAGCCGUGGAGAAGUCUAUCAAUGCCUUCCUGCUGGUCUAUCUCUGCAUCCUGAUCAGCAAAGCAGUAGUGUGCACCACCCUAAAGUAUGUGUGGCAGAGCCAGGACGGACAAGAUGAGCCUUGGUACAACGAGAAAACCCAGAAAGAGAAAGACACAUAUGUGUAUCUGAAGAUGUUUACAGACUUCCUCUCCUUCAUGGUGCUUUUCAAUUUCAUCAUCCCCGUGUCCAUGUACGUCACCGUGGAGAUGCAGAAGUUUCUGGGUUCGUUUUUUAUCACCUGGGAUAAAGAUUUCUUCGACCCGGAGAUCCAGGAGGGGGCUCUGGUCAACACCUCGGACCUUAAUGAGGAACUUGGCCAGGUGGAGUAUGUCUUCACAGAUAAGACCGGCACGCUGACCCAGAACAACAUGGAGUAUAUAGAGUGCUGCAUAGACGGCUUCCAGUACAGAAACUCAGACUCUAUGAGCGAGCUGGACGGGUUCUGUGUGACUGACGGGCCGGUCAGCAAGUUACAGCAGAAAGCUGGCCGGGAUAAGGAGGAGCUUUUCCUUCGGGCCCUGUGCUUGUGCCACACAGUACAGGUGAAGGAGGCGGGGCCAGAUGAGAUUGACAGCGAUCAGGUGGAUGGGUUAGUGAGUGAGCUGAGCCAGCCAGACGAGCAGAGAGGAUUCAUCGCCUCCUCGCCCGAUGAAGUCGCUCUGGUCAAAGGAGCCAUGAAACACGGCUUCACCUUCCUGGGUCUGGAGAACAAAAGUAUGAAGAUCAGGAACAGGGAGAACAAUGUUGAAUUGUAUGACUUGCUUCAUGUGCUGAACUUUGACCCGGUGAGGCGGAGAAUGAGCGUCAUAGUCAGGAGUAAAUCAGGAGAGACGCUGCUCUUUUGUAAAGGGGCGGAUUCUUCCAUCUUUCCCAGAGUCAGACAAGAGGAAGUGGACAGAAUCCGCAUGCAUGUUGAGCGCAAUGCUACGGAAGGCUACAGGACCCUGUGUGUGGCCUAUAAGCAGCUGAGCCCGGAGGAGUUUGCUGUGGCGGAUGCAGGACUGAGAGACGCUCGGCUGGCUCUGCAGGACCGUGAGGAGAAGCUGAUGGCUGUUUAUAACCAGGUGGAGACGAGCAUGAGCCUGAUCGGAGCGACGGCGGUGGAGGACAGGUUGCAAGAGGAGGCUGCAGAGACCAUGGAGGCUCUGCAGGGAGCCGGUAUGAAGGUGUGGGUUCUUACUGGUGACAAGAUGGAAACAGCAAAGUCCACCUGCUACGCCUGCCGCCUGUUCCAGAGAGGCACGGAGCUGCUGGAGCUCACGGUGCGAACGCUGGAGGACGGCGGGAGGAAGCGGGAGGAGAGGCUUCACGAGUUGCUGCUGGACUACCAUAAGAAAGCCGUACAGGAUGCCCCGCCCGUCAAAGCCGGGGUCACCAGGAGCUGGUCCACGGCGAAUCAGGAGUAUGGUUUCAUCAUAGAUGGAGCCACGCUGUCUUUAGUGAUGAACCCGUCUCCUGAUACAAAUUCAAGCCGCUACAAGAGCCUCUUCCUGCAGAUCUGCCAGAACUGCACAGCUGUGCUCUGCUGCCGCAUGGCUCCGCUGCAGAAGGCUCAGAUUGUGAAAAUGGUGAAGAACUCUAAAGGCUCUCCCAUCACUCUGUCUAUUGGUGAUGGGGCUAAUGAUGUCAGUAUGAUCCUGGAGGCACACGUGGGCAUUGGAAUAAAGGGAAAAGAGGGCAGACAGGCGGUCAGGAACAGUGACUACGCAAUCCCAAAACUCAAGCACUUAAAGAAGCUGCUGCUGGCACACGGACACCUCUAUUAUGUGCGCAUCGCCCACCUCGUGCAGUACUUCUUCUACAAGAACCUUUGCUUCAUCUUACCUCAGUUCCUGUACCAGUUCUUCUGUGGGUACUCUCAGCAGCCCCUCUACGAUGCAGCCUAUCUGACGAUGUACAACAUCUGCUUCACCUCCAUGCCCAUCCUGGCCUUCAGCCUGCUGGAGCAGCACAUAGCCAUCGAGUACCUGCUGGACAAUGCCACCCUCUACAGGGAGAUAGCAAAGAACGCCAUGUUAAAAUGGGGUCCCUUCCUGUACUGGACUGUACUGGGCAUUUUCCAGGGGCUUCUCUUCUUCUUUGGUGUUAAAUAUCUGUUCAGCAACCCAGCGCUGCAGGACAAUGGCCAGGUGUUUGGAAAUUGGUCCUAUGGAACAAUAGUGUUUACGGUCCUUGUUUUCACUGUCACACUAAAGCUGGCCUUGGACACGCGGCACUGGACGUGGAUCAAUCACUUUGUGAUCUGGGGCUCUCUGGCCUUCUAUGUGUUCUUCAGCUUCUUCUGGGGAGGAAUUAUAUGGCCGUUUCUGAAACAGCAGCGGCUGUACUUCGUCUUUGCCAACAUGCUGAGCUCUGUGUCGGCCUGGCUGGUCAUCAUCCUCCUCAUCCUCCUCAGUCUUUUGCCUGACAUCCUCCUGAUGGUCUUCCGCAAGCCCAGAGGUCCUCACGCUCGACAGAAGAAGAAAAUUCAGACAAGUGCGGAGGCCAGGCAGUCCAGGUCUUCCAUCAGGCCUCUGCUCAUGAGAACCUUUUCAGACGAGUCCAAUACUGUCAUAUGAACAGCUGUCAGAGGGCUCCCUCCUUCAAACGGCCAGAUCGCUGCCGUCACCCCGCUGUCCUACAAGCAUCUGAACGAGCGCUACUGAAGGACGCAGGUCAGAGCGGGGCGGAAGCUGCUGAAAGGACAUCGAGUGUGAGCCAAGCUGGCUGCUUUCCCUGCUGCCUGCUCAAAAAACAGACCAGAAAAUCAAGAAAAUGGGGACGAGCGAACGAGCGCCUGGCACGAAAAAGAAUAGCGAAGAAUAUAAAGAAGAGGACGGGAGAACAAUUAGACCAGGCACAGAUUCAGCAGAGUGCCCGCCCUCGUUUUUUUAAUCUAAUUUAUCCUCCCCUCUAUCUUUCUAUCCCUUUCUCCCUCUCUCUCUUUCUCUCUCUCUCCUUCUCCUCCGUUCCUCCCUCUCUCUGUAGCAUGACUUCACUCAAGCAUAGCAUAUUGUGCCACUGGCUCUCACAGCAUGUGGCAGUUUUUUGGGGCCAUUUUUUUUUUUUGUGUGGCUUUUUUUUUUUUUAUUAUUUUUUUUUUAAAUCUUUUGAAUCAGCCAUGACCUUUCCAUGAUCCGUCCAUUGCCUAGGCAUGUGCCUGACCCUCCCCGUUCUCUUCCAGUCAGCCUACUGGAAAUGUAGCCUCCUGAGGCGUGAAUGCAUAUGUGGUGAUGGGACAUUCCUACAUUCAUUGCUUCAUCAAUAGUUCCUCAGUGGUUCCUCAUUGGUUCUUCUUUGGUUCCUCACACCAACACCCACCCAUCCACCACAUUCCUCGACUAUCACUGCAGAUUACGUAGUUCAAGUUCCUGGGUUUAUUCUUUAGCAGAAACAGUUCUGACCCUCUUUGUGAUCGGACGUGGCUCAGGCCCAAACCGUAGUUUUAAAAGAGUUCUGUGAUUUUGAGCUUUUUUGAUUGUGAGCUCUCUAUAAAAUGCUGCACUGACAGCCCUGAACCCUAUGAGUACAAAAACAAACACACACAAACACACUGUGUGUUGGGCUCAGCAGGGUUUGGCCGCUUUCAUCGCGUGUUGUUUUAUGCGUGUGAUUUAAUUGUUUUGGUUUUAGUUCACACUAGGGGUGGGCGAUAUGGUGAAAAUAUCAUAUUGUGAUAUUUAAAGACAUUUUCAUAAUGCAUGAUAUUUAUCAGGGCUGUGAAUUGACUACAACUUAGUGAUACAAUACAAAUCGUAAUGCACAAUACUCUUAAGUAAGGUGAUGUACUGCAAAUAUAUAUGUAUCAAAUUGUAAAAGAAAAAAAAACUCCCAUAAUAAAGAGAAACACACUAUCAUAUUCAUAAAAUCUGAAUAAAAAAAUAACCCCCAUUUUAUCCCACUUGUCUCCCCAAUUUAGCUAUGCAAUGCUAACGCCGCAACACCAGGAGGGUGAAGACUAGCACAUGCCUCUUCUGAUACAUGUGAAGUCAGACUCCACUUCUUUUUUUUUUUAAAGUGCUGCUGAUUCAGCAUUGUAGAGUAGCAUCACAGCACGCUCGGAGGAAAGCGCAGUGACUCGUUUCUGAUACAUCAGCUCACAGAUGCAUUGUGCUGAUCCACAUCACCCUAGGAGUAAUGAGGGGAAAGAGCAAGGCCAAUUGGGCUCUCAAGGCUCCGGCAGCUGAUAGCAAGCUGCAUGACCGGGAUUCGAACCAGUGAUCCCCCGAUCAUAGUGGCAGUGCCUUAGUCGGCUGGACCACUCGGAUUAAUGUCUCAAUUCAUCACAAUUAGUAGCAAUUUUUAACUAGUGUUAGUUAAUUAAUUAAUUAGCUGAGACAUUACUUAUCCAUUUAACAAUGUUUAUUACUGUCAUUAUUUGUGACCUUUACUAUAAAGUCUUACUGUUUUUUGCUUUUUAUCCAAUCAGAACAGUGGGAUCUAACGACCGAGCACAGCACGGCUUUCUAGUGGGCGGGGCUUAAACACAACACUACAAAACAACAAAAUAAUAUACAAUAUAAAAUAAUUGUAUUUAUCACAAUAUUCUGUCACACAGACAGAAUAUACCAAAAUGCUACUUUUUAUUUAAAAUAAGCUGUACUAGAUCCAGUUGAACAGCAUUACAGCGUCUUUACAAUGAAAAUAUGACCAUAUCCAGGAAAUUUUCAAAGCUUAUUGUUUAUUACAGUUUUUUAUCACAAUAUGAUAAAUGUUAUGUCAUAUAGCCCACCCCUAGUUCACAUAUGAGAGUUUUGUAGUGAUGUUACUUUGUUCUGACGAUGCAGGGAUCACUGUGUUGAGCUAAAUCUGAGUUAGAUGUGUUGGAUCUUCUGUCAUGUGUUUUUUUUGCUGGACGCCAAAAAAAAGAAAAUGUUGCUUUUAUAUCUGGUUCUGGAUUAGGGAUUAGUGUGGUGUGGCACACGUGUGUAAGAGUGUUUGUAUGGGGAUGCUUCAUGAUGAUGAUGAUGAUGAUAUUGAUAUCCUUAGUGCUGAAAGAUAGUGGAGGUUAAUCAGUGUGAUCAGGAUGUGAUGAGGAGGUGUAGGGUGGAGGAUAAUCACUGUAUCUGCAAUCAGGUUCGUCUCGAUUACCACAAUCUUUCUGAGAAAUAUUUCUGAUAAACAAUAGUAUUGUCAUUUUAGGACUAUUUAUUGACUGAUAUGAUGACAGUACAACAAUAUAAUAAUGUAUUUCAUCACUGUCCAAUGAAAAACACUUAUCUCCAAAACAGUAACUUUACAGGAGAGAGAAAAAAACCUUGUUAACUUUCAGUGGAAGUCAAUGUAAAAAGAGUUUAUUUCAGGUCAUUUUGAAGAGUUUCUAUUGGUCCGUUCAUCAAGAAAUUUUGAAACCGUGUAAGGGACAGUUUCUCUGUUCAAAUUAUGUAGUAAAUUAAAAAUUGACAAAAAUGUAGAAAAGUCUUUUUCAUAGGACAGCAACGAUUUACACCUUGCUUUUAAUUUUUAAUUAUUCUUAUGCAAAUAAUAUUUAGACAUCAAAAUUGGAAUACAAAUAUGUUUAAACAUCCAGAAAAAAAAACUUAAAUAAAAUCACUGAUUACUUUUAACAGGCCAACAUUUUUUGUUGAUUUUAUCCCUGAUAUUACAUGCCUAAUUAUCGAGAAUUUCUAUUCAAGCAUUGCAUAAAAAGGUCUCACGUUUGAUUAGAAACAUUACUGAAAAUUCUAAUUGUAAUUGUGAUAGAACAUAUUUUAAAGCAUUUAAUUAAAUCUGCAAAUGUCUAUAUAUAAUUAAUAAAAAUCAUAAAAUUAGCACUUUCUUAACUCUCAAUGUUACUCAUUUAGGUUAUGUUCAUAUAGUGUACAUUAAAUCUGUGAAGUAAUUAUAGUGACGGGCCUGAUUGCAAUUUAUUUAGAUUUUUUUAUUUGCAUUUAAUGUAUAUUGCAUUGAUGAUCUGUUCCAACCAAUCAGUGCUCACUGAUGUUGAAAGCAUGCACUUAAAAACACGUAGAAUGCAGACAGCAGGUAUGUCCCAAUUGUGUACUAAUUACUAAUACUAACUAACUGGUUUUGUUUUGCAUAUGUUAUUAAUAUAUGUGUAUAUUAAUACAGAUCAAACUGUCACAGUUGAGUAUCGGUAUACUUAAAUAUCCAUAAAUCCAUAAUACACAUUCAGAAGUGAUCAGUUCUCAAUGAGUGUGAUUUCAAUGCACUCUAUAUCCCACAAUGCAAUGCAGUGUAAUGCAUUGCAAAGUUGUAAGGCAGAAGCUUCGCACAUCUGGAACAUCUGUUAGAAUAAAUAGUUUAUAACGAGGCUCAGGAAUGGGUUAUUAUGUUCAUAUUUUGUGUAUUAACCUACUACAUCUGCACUUGUAAGAUUAUGUAGUAGAUAAAAUAUACUUUAUAUUAUUAGUGUAUAUUAGUGUGUAUUAGUGCGUAGUAUAUAAUUGGGACACAGCCUCCUGCACAGUGCUUGAAUGAAUGAGUGAGUGAGGUUUGAUGGGUGGGGUAUGGUGGCAUCAUACAGAUAAAGUAUAUAAAGUGCCAGAUCCAGAGCUCCUGCAUGCAGGAGAUAGUGCCACUGUGAUGCAUCAUCAUCGUUAUUGUUGCUGUUUUAUUGUUUUGGUGUUUUUAUUGCCCUGCGUAGGUUGUGCCACUGUACCAGUGUGAUUGGUACUACGGUUGUUGAGUUGUUAGCAUAGUGUUCCUAGCCAAGCAUAGCAUAGCAUAGCCUUGCCCUGCACCCCCCUCCCUCCCAACCACCGCUAAUCCUCCACUCCCCAGCCCCCUCUUUAUUUCCUUCCUUGUGCUUCUUCUUACAUUCCAUUUCUAUACGCCCACAACUUCGAUUUCAAUCACUUUCUACAUCAUUACUGAUGAUUAUCAGUUCUUUUGUUUGUUCGUUUUUGACGGUGUGAUUCGAUUUGAUGUAUUUAUUGCGAUGUGUAAUUUUACUCACAAAUGUUCUAUUUUUAUGACAUGAAUCUUUUUUUAUUAUGGUUGAGAAUGAUCAGCUCGUGCCAAUUGAUUUUUUGCCUGUGUAAUCCCGGACGCUCGGCCGAUCUGACCUGCUCCCAGCGAGGGGCUCGGACUGCUCCCGGGUCCCUGUUUUUGGGUCCUUGUUCCCGGAUCCUUAUUCCCGGGUCCCUGUUUCCCAGAUCCCUGUUUCCUGUUCCUGGGUCCCCGUUUCUGGUUCCCCUCAUCACUUUCGGCAGGUUUAAGUCUGGAAUGGUGCAUGCUGUCUGAUCUCGGUAUAAAUCCCUUUAAUGAAUGCUGUUCGACACAUUUCUGUUGAUUUGUAUCUGCUAGUAGCCCAAAGUGGGCAUGAAGAACUGCAGAUUUUGGCAUGUCUUUGAAUGGGUAAAUAUAUAUGUGUAUAUAUUUUAAUUUGUAUUUUUUAUUUGUUACAAUUUUUUGGAUCUGAAAGGCAUUGCACUCUGUUCCAGCUUAAACCGAAGGGACUGUGUGUUUGUUGUGUGUGUAUGUGUGUGUGUGUGUGUGUACAGUAUGUAUGUAUGUGUGUAUCUAGUUAGCUGUGGGAGCAGAUGUGCGUUAGACCUCUGACUGUGUCAUGAUGCCAAGCAUCUUAAGCCCGGCUCUGUUUGCCUCCGAGCGCUCUCAGAUUCUCAGAUUCUUUAUCACGAUCCAUUAUUUUUUAUUUUUUAAUUUUGAGAUGAGAAUAUCUAUAUAUAUAUAUAUAUAUCUAUAAAUAUAAUGUUAAAGCUCUAUUCCAGAUUAUUAUUUAUCUCCCUGAAAUAAAAUAAAUCAGAUUUAUUAUAGAACAGUCUGUGGGUUCGGUCACCCCACUGUAUGGCAGAGAUUUUUUUAUGCUAUUAUUAUUAUUAUUAUUAUUAUUAUUAUUAUUAUUAUUAUUAGUGCAUUAUUAUGAUUUUUCUUCAAAAUUGUAUUUAAUUUAACUCUACUGAUGUGUGGCGACACCAUCAUUAACCUGAGCCAUGGCGCACACGCACACACCCGCAUACAGCUUGCGGCGCCUCUUAUAUAAACAUAUAUAUAUAUAUAUAUAUAUAUAUAUAUAUAUAUAUAUAUAUAUAUAUAUAUAUAUAUAUAUAUAUGUGAGUGUGAGUGUGUAUAUGUAUAUGUUCAGCUCAGAGAGGGGGAGGAAGGGGUGAAAAGCACCUGCCUGCAGUAUUUCUAACCCCCCCCCCCCAACAGACCUUUAACCAACAGAACCACAUCAGAGAUGCUAUUUUCAAAGCUUAUGAUAAUUAUUGGAUUCUCAUGUUUGCCUGAAAACAAAAUGAAAAAAAAAAAAACCUUGAUUGUAUUUUUAAUGCAACCUUUUUUUGAGACACUGUUUUGUAAAAAAAUAUAUAAAUAAAAAUGAAAACGUCCAAAAAACAAGGUGCAUAAGGCUGCCCGGGUGUGGUGGCGAGUGGAGGUGCAGCGUCAGGGCGGUGCUGCCAACACUCGGCCUGUGUCAGGACCCUCUAUCUGGACCCUCAGGUUCCGGCCUUCUGACCUGAAUGUACCUCUUUAAGACCAGUCUGUUCAAAACAUGAAAAUUCUUUAUGUAAUAAAAUGAUUUUCAAAGCAA